UCUCUCUCUCUUUUCCCUGGCAUCGAUGCUGGCCACAAAUUCAGCACGGAGAGUGAAAGCAGGGGAGAGAGGGAACGAGAGAGAGAGAGAGUUUAAGCGGACAGAAAAAAAAAACAGCUUUUGCCUUCUGCUCCUAACCUUCUGAAAAAAACCCAUCUUCCUCUUUUAUUCCUUUUCAUUUACCUGUUUUCCUUCCUUGUUUAUUUUUUUUAAAACAUUGCCAAGGAUACGACGCAGUUUUUGUCACCCCUUAUUUUCUCGAUAGGCAGUUUGUAUCCAAGAUGAUAUUUGUCUUUUUUCCUGCUGCGGUCUUGCGUCCAUGAGUUGAUGUUCAUGUGAUUUCUUGGUUUAAGGCCACUUAUCUUUUGAUAACUUUGUGUGUGUUCGGGGGUUUUAUUUCUUAUACCCCGCAUUUGACUUAUGUAAAUAUAUAUUUUUUUUGGCCCCCUCCUAAUGUUUUGGGAAGUAUUGAUUGGCUGCUUCAUGUAACUUCACCCUUUUCACCCCUCUACAUAUACGUAAUUCCUUGUGUUAUCCCCCUGUAAGUCUUUCGGUCCUCUAUCAGAUCAUCAACCGCUUCCUCUUUCUCUCAAUAAUUCUGCUCAACUUGGAAUUUUGGUGUUUUUUUAGUUCCUCCGGCAGUUCGCUAUGACACCAAGAGAUGGAUGAAUUUCACCCUUUCAUCGAAGCUCUUCUCCCACAUGUCCGUGCAUUUUCAUACACAUGGUUCAACCUUCAAGCGAGGAAACGCAAGUAUUUCAAGAAGCACGAGAAACGGAUGUCAAAGGAUGAAGAGAGGGCGGUGAAGGAUGAGUUAUUGGGAGAGAAGCCUGAAAUCAAGCAGAAGUGGGCGUCCCGACUAUUGGCUAAGCUUCGUAAGGACAUCCGGCCAGAGUUCCGAGAGGACUUUGUCCUUACUAUCACCGGGAAGAAGCCUCCAUGUUGUGUCCUCUCUAACCCAGACCAGAAAGGGAAGAUCCGGAGGAUUGACUGCCUUCGUCAGGCGGACAAGGUGUGGAGGUUGGACCUGGUGAUGGUCAUCCUGUUUAAGGGGAUGCCGCUGGAGAGCACCGAUGGGGAACGUCUCUACAAGUCACCCCAAUGCUCUAACCCAGGGUUGUGCGUCCAGCCUCAUCACAUUGGGGUGUCCAUCAAAGAGCUGGACCUCUAUCUGGCCUUCUUCAUCCACACACCCGAUUCUGGACAGUCAGACGCUUCAAACCAGACUGAGGUGGAUAUCAAGCCCCCUCUAAAUGGUCAUCUGUCCUUUCAGGAUUGCUUUGUCACCUCAGGAGUGUGGAAUGUCACGGAGCUUGUACGCGUGUCCCAGACACCCGUUGCCACAUCAUCUGGCCCCAACUUCUCAUUGGCUGACCUGGAGAGCCCAAGCUAUUACAAUAUAAACCAGGUGACACUUGGUAGACGGUCUUUAGCGUCGCCUCCUUCCAGCAGUUCUACCAAGCGUCCCAAGUCCCUGGAUGACAGUGAGAUGGAGAGUCCAGUCGAUGAUGUUUUUUACCCGGGGACGGGUCGGUCGCCUGCAGCAGGAGGCAGCCAGGCCAAUGUGUGGCCAAAUGAUGUAGACACAGGACCUGGGUCGCUUAAAAAGCCGGGAAAGCUGGAUUUCUGCAGCGCUCUCUCCUCACAGACCAGUUCCUCUCGAAUGGCAUUCACCCAUCACCCUCUCCCAGUGCUGGCAGGAGUGAGACCAGGAAGCCCUCGGGCAUCAGCGUCUGCUCUCCACUUCCCCUCAACGUCCAUCAUCCAGCAAUCCAGUCCUUACUUCACCCAUCCAACAAUACGCUAUCAUCACCAUCAUCAUACCCAGGACUCUCUUAAAGAGUUUGUUCAGUUUGUCUGCUCAGACACCUCUGGCCAGGGGUCAGGACAGCCCAGCAGCGGGGCCCAAGGGAAAAUGUCGGGUUCCUUUUUGCUGCCACCCCCUGCACCUGUGGCCCGGCCUGUCCCCCUUCCCCUGCCAGACACAAAACCUGUCACCAGCAACAACUCUGUCUUAGAAGGAGGACUGUCUUCUCCAGCAUCGCCCUCAUUCUCAGCGCCUUCCCCCGCCGGGUCCAACAGGUUUGUCACAAUUGGAUCACGAGACACCAACUUUCUGAACCUCCCCCAGCAGUCUCAAUCCUGGUUCCUUUGAUAUUGCCGCCAAGCUGCGAAUUUGCGAGCUAAAGGAACAACGUUUUGUGACGCAGAAGCCCACCCUUUACACACCGAUCCCCCCCCCUUCCACUUACGCGUGACAACUUGACGACGACCCCCCCAGAACAAGAAGAGACCAGCAAAACGCUCAUUGAGUGUGCGGGAUGGAUUAUCACUUACUGGGGCGAACUUUUUAAUGUCUGCGCUGCCUAGCACCCCUCUGAUAGUGAAGGUUUAAACCACUCAUGUUUCACCCUCCCCUCACCUCCGCCAACCUAUCAUAUCAUUUCUGUGUAUGUUCCCUUUGUCAUUCGCCCUCUUUUUCCCCAGGAGAAAGGAAUGAGCUGUGGGACAUUGGUCUCCUCUAAGGUGACACAGUUACGUAAGGGACACGCAGGGCUUCCCUCCCAGGUCAGGGAGACAGAUUGAAAAACAAAAAUGUUCUAUUUAGUAACUCUGAUUUGUUACCACUAUUUCCUAAUUAUCGGAAUCCUGAGAAAUUAAAGCCUUUUCCCAGUGACAUUUA